CAAUGCAUAAAUAGCAUUCCAAAACCGCAGCCCCCACAACACAAAAAGCACAAACACAACAAACAGAGAAGAGAAAUAAUGGGGAAGGCGCGCACCAUUGGCAUAGGGAUGGACUACUCCGCAACCAGCAAAGCAGCCCUCCGAUGGGCGGUUGAUAAUCUGAUCGACGGCGGUGAUCUCGUCGUGCUAAUCCACGUUGAGCCCCCCGAAGCUGAUCAUACUAGGAAGGAGCUCUUCCAGGACACUGGAUCACCUCUGAUUCCUCUUGAAGAAUUCAGAGAGAUAAACUUCUCAAAGCAGUACGGACUUAGUAAUGAACCGGAGGUGAUUGAUAUACUCGAUACGGUUUCAAGGACAAAAGGGGCAAAGGUGGUGGCUAAGGUUUAUUGGGGAGACCCAAGAGAGAAGCUGUUGGAUGCUGUGAAACAACUCAAGCUAGAUUCUCUUGUUCUUGGGAGUAGGGGUUUGGGCCCCAUCAAAAGGGUUUUACUUGGCAGUGUGAGUAACUAUGUGGUGACACACGCUUCUUGUCCAGUCACUGUGGUGAAGGGAUCAACGCGAUCAUCCAAAUCAUCCUAAAGUCUUAUUUCUUCAUCCCUCUGGUACAUGUGCGCCUACAGAAAAAAAAAAUGUGGGGAUUAAGUUUGUUUGUACAUAUGAUUUGGAAAAUGGAAGAUUUGUUUACCUAAUUUUCCUUUGAUGUCUUGUUGUUUGUUAAUUUGUGCUAUAUUUUGAUGUGAUAAUUAAUUAUAUAUACUACUUAAGUGAAGUCUGUGUUUUG